AUGGCCAUGAAUAACUAUCAAUGGCCUAGUGAACGGGAUAAACAUAAGAAGGUAGUUGGUAUGCAUGAGUUGGAUGCUAUUAACGCUCUUACUGCUCAGGUUGCAUCAUUGAUCAAGCAACUACAACAAAAUUCUAUGUCCACUCAAGUCAUGCAAAUCCAAGCAGUUUGUCAUAAUUGUGGUGGUCCUCACCCAUUUAAGCAGUGCAUGGUAGUUGAGAUGAACAAAUCCAUUCCUGUGGAACAGGUGAAUAUGAUGGGAAAUUUCAACAGACAAGCUAAUAAUCCAUUCUCCAACCCGUUCAAUCAAGGGUGGAGAAAUCAGCCUAAUUUUGCAUGGAGAAAUAAUUAUGGUCAUCAACAAAUUCAGCAGGCUAUGCUUCAAUCUCCACCCCAGGCACCGUUACAACCACCGGUACUACCUGUUGCUCAAGAGAAGACAAAUGAGUUACAAGCUUCAUUGUUAACUCUGACCAACUCUCAAUCUCAAUUUAUGACAGAAACUCGCUUAUCCGUCAGGAAUCUUGAGAUGCAAGUUGGUCAGUUAGUAAAUAUGUUACAAAGUAGGCCUCAAGGAAAUUUUCCAAGUAAUACAAAGGUGAAUCCUAAAGAACAGUGCAAUGCAAUCUCUUUGAGGAGUGGGAAGAAGUUAGAAGAGCCAGUCAAGAAGUCUAUACCUGCACCAAAAGUUGAUGUUGAGAAUGAGGGUAAGGUAGAAGAAGAGGUUAUUGAAGAUCUUGAGAUGAAGCAGUCACCAAAGAAACUACCUCCAAAGCUUAAAGAUCCGGGUAGUUUCGCAAUUCCUUGCUCAAUAGGAGAUACUAUUAUGACCAAGGCCUUAUGUGAUUUAGAGGCUAGUGUAAAUUUGAUGCCCUUAUCUAUUUUUCGGAAGCUGAAAUUAGGAUAUGCUCGCCCCACUACUGUGUCCUUACAAAUGGCAGAUCGCUCUAUUAAGAAACCUCAUGGAGUAAUUGAGGAUGUCUUAGUUAAAGUUGGUAAAUUUAUCUUCCCUGCUGAUUUUAUUAUUCUAGAUAUGGAGGAAGAUGCAAACAUUCCCAUUAUUUUGGGAAGACCAUUCUUAGCCACAGGGAGAGCACUAAUUGAUGUACAAAUGGGGGAGUUGAAGUUGCGAGUGCAGAAUGAAGAGGUAACAUUUGAUGUUUUUGGAGCAACUGAUAUUCCACUUGUUGUAGAAUGGAUGUGGUUCACUGCGAAAAUGUCCAAAAUCUGUGAAAAAACACUAAGAAAAAUGACUGCAAAAGAGGAGAGUACUAGGCUAAAAGUUGAGAUUGAAGAGCUAAACAUACAUAAAUCUACAUCAGAAGGGGAACUAGCUCAAAAUGAGGAAUACAAUGGGGAAAAUGAUGAUGGGGACUACUAUGAUGAAAGUCAAUACUAUGAGAAUCCAAACGAUAAUGAAGGGCAAAACUAUGAGACUCCAAAUGAUGAAGUCUAUCAUCCUGCCCCCUAUAAUGCAUAUGAUCCUUUUCAUUAA